GACAUAACUACAACAAAAUAAAAGAGAGUCCCAACAGUUUGGCUUUCGAUUUUGCAGAAAACGAAUCCAUUUUCGAAUCAGUAAGAAGAAGAAGAAGAAAACUAUAUCGGAGAUUGUUUGUUGUAGUAAUGGAGUCACCGUUCAGGGAUGUUAUAAUGAAAGGUAAGGUGGCUUUGAUAACAGGAGGAGCAUCUGGAAUUGGGUUUGAGAUAUCGACCCAGUUCGGCAAACAUGGAGCUUCCAUUGCCAUUAUGGGACGAAGAAAACAAGUCAUUGACUCUGCUGUCUCUGCUCUUCGAUCACUUGGAAUUUCGGCUGUUGGUUUUCAAGGGGAUGUUCGUAAGCAAGAAGAUGCAAAAAGAGUUGUUGAAUCAACUUUUGAGCAUUUUGGGAGGCUUGACAUUCUUGUCAACUCCGCAGCUGGAAAUUUCCUUGUUUCACCAGAGGAUUUGUCCCCUAAUGGAUUUCGAACAGUUCUGGACAUUGAUUCAGUUGGUACAUUCACAAUGUGCCAUGAGGCACUAAAGUAUCUGAAGAAAGGAGGGCCGGGAAGGAGCUCAUCUGGUGGUGGAUUGAUAUUGAACAUCAGUGCUACUUUACAUUAUACAGCUGCUUGGUAUCAAAUCCAUGUAGCAGCAGCCAAGGCAGCUGUUGAUGCCACUACAAGAAACUUGGCAUUGGAAUGGGGAACUGACUAUGAUAUUAGGGUCAAUGGGAUAGGACCUGGUCCUAUUGGUGAUACUCCGGGACUGAGUAAACUUGCACCCGAUGAGAUAAGAAACAAUAGUAGAGAGUACAUGCCGUUGUAUAAAGUAGGAGAGAAAUGGGACAUUGCUAUGGCUGCUGUUUAUCUUGCUUCAGACGCAGGUAAAUACAUAAAUGGAACUACCCUUGUUGUUGAUGGAGGACUUUGGCUGAGCCGCCCCCGCCAUCUAGCGAAGGAGGCAGUCAGGCAGAUUUCAAGAUCUGUGGAAAAGAGGUCUAGGGAUGCACCAUUAGUCCCAAGGAGCAAGAUGUAAGACUACAUAGUAAAAGAUUAGAUGUGAUUAUUGUUGGGUGUAUAAACCCAAUGCUAUGCAAAACUUUGAAUUAUGUAAUAAAUUAAUCUAAACAUGUUGUGAGACUUUUUUUUUUCUUGCA